AUGCGUCUCAACAGCUCCGUGCCGCAGGGCGCUCCUGGUGAACCCGGAGCCCAACCCUUCCCGCAACCGCAGUCAGGACUGGAGGCCAUGCUCCUGGCGCUCGGCUUGGGCAAUGGCUCUGGCAACACCUCGGAAUCCGUCCUGGCAGCGCCCAACAGUGACCUGGACGUGAACACUGACAUCUAUUCCAAGGUGCUGGUGACCGCUGUGUACCUGGCGCUCUUUGUGGUGGGCACUGUGGGCAACUCAGUGACAGCCUUCACCCUGGCGCGGAAGAAGUCACUGCAGAGUCUGCAGAGCACUGUGCACUACCACUUGGGCAGCCUGGCGCUGUCCGACCUGCUCAUCCUGCUGCUGGCCAUGCCUGUGGAGCUGUACAACUUCAUCUGGGUGCACCAUCCCUGGGCCUUUGGGGAUGCCGGCUGCCGCGGCUACUAUUUCCUGCGCGAUGCCUGCACCUAUGCCACAGCCCUUAAUGUAGCCAGCCUGAGUGUGGAGCGGUACUUGGCCAUCUGCCAUCCCUUCAAGGCCAAGACCCUCAUGUCCCGUAGCCGCACCAAGAAGUUCAUCAGUGCCAUAUGGCUAGCCUCGGGGCUGCUAGCUGUGCCGAUGCUCUUCACCAUGGGCCUACAGAACCGCAGUGCUGAUGGCCAGCACCCCGGUGGCCUGGUGUGCACACCCAUCGUGGACACAGCCACCGUCAAAGUCGUCAUCCAGGUUAACACCUUCAUGUCCUUUGUGUUCCCCAUGCUGGUCAUCUCCAUCCUAAACACUGUGAUUGCCAACAAACUGACCGUCAUGGUGCACCAGGCCAACGAGCAAGGCCGGGUGUGCACCGUGGGCACCCAGAACAGCUUACAGCACAGCACGUUCAGCAUGUCUGUCGAACCUGGUCGUGUCCAGGCCCUACGCCAUGGAGUCCUCGUCUUACGUGCCGUGGUCAUCGCCUUUGUGGUCUGCUGGUUGCCUUACCAUGUGCGGCGCCUCAUGUUCUGCUAUAUCUCGGAUGAGCAGUGGACUACGUUCCUCUUCGACUUCUACCACUACUUCUACAUGCUGACCAACGCUCUCUUCUACAUCAGCUCUGCCAUCAACCCUAUCCUCUACAACCUGGUCUCUGCCAACUUCCGCCAGGUCUUCCUGUCCACGCUGGCCUGCCUGUGUCCUGGUUGGCGGCGCCGAAAGAAGAGGCCCACGUUCUCCAGGAAGCCGAACAGCAUGUCCAGCAACCAUGCCUUCUCUACCAGCGCCACGCGGGAGACCAUGUACUAG